CGGACUGUACAUACAGUUUCUGUCUGUCUGGAUGUUAUUAUCGGAGAAAAGGAAUCUCUUCCUGUGAUAUAUUUGUAGAGAAUGAAAGAUUGAAUUGCAGCGUAAAUUAACUGCGGUUUCGAUCUGAAAAUGGGAUAUAACGGAUUCCCGGUGAACAGCUCGACGCGCUGUUUGGUUUUCUUUCUUUUCGCCCUGCCUGCUUGCUUUGGGGAUGUGAGCUACUCUAUUCCGGAGGAGAUGAAACGCGGAUCUGUCAUAGGAAAUAUAGCGAAGGAUCUCGGUGUGGAUGUUAAAAGCCUGUCUGCUCGCAACGCUCGUAUAGAUACCGAAGGAGGCAGCCGAAGUUAUUGCGACAUUAAUGUGAAUUCUGGUGAUUUGAUUGUGUCUGAAAGGAUUGACAGAGAAGCUCUUUGUGGACAAAAGGCUUCGUGUGUUUUAAAUUCUGAGCUUGUGCUGGAGAAUCCUCUAGAACUGCAUCGUAUAUCACUUCACAUCCAGGAUAUGAAUGACAACUCGCCACAAUUUGCAAAUGAUCGUAUUAGACUGGAAAUUAGAGAAUCUGCUGUUAAAGGUGCACGUUUCCUCAUAGGUGCGGCCCACGAUGCGGAUAUCGGGCAAAACGCUGUUCAGAGCUACACGCUACAGAGGAAUGAUCAUUUUACUCUGGCUGUUCACACGAACGCAGCUGGAAGAAAAUACGGUGAGUUAGUUUUAGAAAAAGAGCUGGAUCGCGAAGAGCAGCAGGAGGUUACAUUGUUACUUACUGCGUCUGACGGAGGGACUCCGCAGAGAUCUGGUACUGUAGUUAUACACGUCACUGUGCUGGAUGCUAACGAUAAUAUCCCCGUGUUUAGCCAGAGCGUCUAUAAAGCCAGUCUGGCUGAAAAUUCUGCUUUAGGCACCGUAGUGGUUACAGUCAGCGCCAGUGAUGCAGACGAGGGAGCAAAUGGUGAAGUGACGUAUGAAUUUGAACAUGUUGAAGAUGACGUUAAAAAAACGUUUAAGCUUGAUCACAAGACAGGAGAAAUUGGGGUGAAGGGGCCAGUGGAUUUCGAAGAAGGUUCCGCUUAUGAAAUGCGAAUCCAAGCAAAAGAUGGGUCUGGUUUAGUUUCGUAUUCUACUGUAAUUAUAGAAGUCACCGAUGUAAAUGACAACGCACCUGUGAUAUAUUUGAAAUCUCUGAAUAAUCCCAUCCCUGAGAGCGCGUUACCUGGCGCAGAGGUGGGCAUCAUCAAUGUUCAGGAUAAAGACUCCGGGCCAAAUCGACAGGUCCGUUGCUCCAUUCAGCAAAAUGUUCCUUUCAAGUUAAUUCCGUCCAUCAAAAAUUAUUACUCGCUGGUAACUACAGGAGAACUAGACCGCGAAUUAGUGUCUGAUUACAACAUUACAAUCACUGCUACCGACGAGGGCUCUCCGCCUUUGUCUUCCUCUAAAACUGUGCAGUUGUCGGUAUCGGACGUGAACGACAACCCGCCUGUAUUUGAUGAACAGUCUUACAGCGCCUAUGUGUGUGAAAAUAACAAACCCGGCUCCUCUGUUAUUACUGUAAGGGCGAGAGACCCGGACUGGAGACAGAACGGCACGGUGUUCUAUUCUCUGCUGUCGAGUGAAGUCGGCGGUGUUCCGGUGUCGUCGUUUUUGUCCAUUAACGGAGACACGGGAGUGAUCCAUGCUGUGAGAUCAUUUGAUUAUGAGCAGUUCAGAAGCUUUAAAGUCCUCGUUGUUGCCAGAGACAAUGGUUCUCCUCCACUGAGCAGCAACGUGAGUGUGAGCGUCUUCAUAACAGAUGAGAAUGAUAACUCUCCACAGAUAUUAUACCCUGCUCCAGCAGGGAGCUCCUUCAUGACUGAGAUGGUCCCCAAAGCUGCUCAGGCGGGCUCCCUGGUUUCCAAGGUGAUCGCUGUGGAUGCGGACUCUGGACAGAACGCGUGGCUGUCCUAUCAGAUGGUGAAAUCCACAGACCCGGGACUUUUCACUAUUGCUGUCCACAGCGGAGAGAUCAGGACACAGCGGGACAUUUCUGAAUCUGACAGUAUGAAGCAGAUCCUUGUUAUCUCAGUGAAAGAUAACGGACAGCCCUCUCUGUCUACAAGCUGCUCGGUGUAUCUGCUGAUUUCGGACAACUUGGCAGAAGUUCCCGAGUUGAAAGAUAUGUCUUAUGAGGAGAACAAUUCCAGAUUAACGUCAUAUUUGAUCAUCGCCCUGGUGUCCGUCUCCACCUUCUUCCUGACCUUCAUUAUUCUGAUUGUAGCGGUGAGGUUUUGCCGCAGAAGAAAGCCCAGACUGUUGCUUGACGGCGCAGUCGCCAUUCCCAGCGCAUAUUUCCCCCCCAACUACGCAGAGGUAGAGGGAGCAGGAACUCUGCGCAGUUCUUACAAUUAUGACACGUACUUAACAACGGGCUCGCGCACCAGCGACUUCAAGUUCGUCAGCUCUUACAAUGACGUCACUCUCCCCGCUGAUCAGACGCUGAAGAGGAGUCCCAAUCAAAGCACUGAAGAGAGAGGCGUCAGUGAGAACGGAUCCAAAUGCGCAACUCUGGUAAAUAAUUUAUAUUAUUUCAUUUAA